CGCGCAUGUAAUCAUCGUCGCGACGACCCUCCGUCGACUCACCUACACAAUUAAAAUGGCGGAACGUUAUCAACACAACAGAAGAUGUCAUUGACGCUUUCCGUUGUUUACGAUGCCAAAUUCGAUUCUAUAGGUAGGUAGUUUUUCCGUCCGUUCGGGAUCGUUGCUGCACCCAACCGUUGCGCUUUUGACGAAGUCUAGGGACGACGAUGCGCGCGCGCGCGUCCCAAGUGUUUUGGACUUCUAGCCGUCGGACGGUCUCAACCACUGUUUGGACAGCGUCUGUUUCGAUUGUCGUCUGUGCAUGACCGUGCGCAAUUUAGCCUUUUCCCGAAGUCACUCAGGUCUUCGUGUUGCAAGUUAAUGUUAAAAAGGUACAAUGACAGUCUCCAGCCAAUAAGAUUGGUGACGGACCAUCUAACCGAACGGCUGAACCUUGAUAGUGCAUGCGCAUUGCCGUUGGCCAAUUCAGGUUCUGCGUACUUCGAACCGAAACCGAUCAAAGCGACAAAGAAGGGCCGGCUUGCGACUGGACAACAUAUUCGGCUUGCGGCCAAAAAAAAUAACCAGAAUGACGUGACAACGAUGAGCAACAAUCUCAUGUUUCGAAGUAUGUUUUUUAUGAACGAAGAAGCUAGACAUUUCUUGGCGCCGCCUAUACAAUUGUCUACGACUGACGGGGAGUAUUUCACACGCAAAACUGGUAAUCCAAAUUUGAAUACACACCAUCAACAGCAACAGCAGCAAGCAGUUGCAGCACUCGUCAAUCACGAUUCUAGUUCUAGUGUUGAAAUCAAACCAUUACAACCACCAAAAGCACGUCCCCACGGGUGCGAAGAGUGUGGCAAAACGUUUCUAAUGAAACAUCAUUUGUCAACUCACAUGCGAGGUCAUACUGGUGAGCGACCUCAUAUUUGUCCUGAAUGUGGAAAGACUUUUGCUCUCAAACAUUGUCUAAGCACUCAUUUGCUAUUGCAUAGCUCGGAACGACCAUAUAAAUGUUUAGAAUGUAAUAAGAGUUUUACCUUAAAACAUCAUUUGGUGAGUCAUGAAAGAGUACAUACUCGGGAUAGACCAUUUGAGUGUCCUGAAUGUCGUCGUCGAUUUCCUCAGAAACGACAUUUGACUACUCAUAUAAAAUUCCACUCUGGUGAACGACCAUACUCAUGUUCUGUUUGUGGUGAGACAUUCUCGCGUGAAGAACAUCUAGUCAUGCAUUCAAGGUUCCACGGAGGAACACAACCAUUUGUGUGCCCAGACUGUGGAGCAGCAUUCUUGCGUAAAUUUGAAUUGGUUAACCAUGAACGGCAACAUGGCCGUAUACCUGAAUCUUGCCCUGCUUGUGGUAAAGAGUUCUUACAGAGACGCACAUUAUUGGUUCACGUAAGAAACUGUGGCCUUAACUCAUCGACACCAGUACAUAGAUCUCCUUAUACCGCAACUGCGAGUAAAGCAUGCCGUGAGUGUGGUGAAACAUUUGCUAGUGACGAAGGAUUAGCACUUCACAUGCGAUUACACAUCGGUGACCAUAGUUUCCUAUCUGAUAUUUGUAGUCUAGCUGCUACAUUGAAACAAAGUGUACAAGGUGUAUCAAAUGGUAUUGCUAAUGUUCAAAAUCAUCACCAAUCACAACAUCAAUCUGGUGUUGUAGCCAAUAAAAAAUCUCACUAUUGUGGAGACUGUGGCCGUGGCUUUACCCAAAAACAUGGCUUACAACAGCAUCAUGUCAAAUAUCCAAAUGCCACUUGUAAAGAUAAACCCUUUGCUUGUCAAAAAUGUGGUAAAAGUUUCAUGCAAAAAAAUCAUCUUGUACUACAUGAACGGCAACAUAUGGAUCCACCACCAUCUAGAAAUCGUAAUGCUACCACUUCAGCUGUCCAAUCAAUACAACAUUUACAGACUGAACAGGUUGGCUUGCAACCGACUCCUCUUCAUACAACUAUCCUGGGACUACAGCCUAUUAGGCAUAUUCAAUCUGGUAGUCAACCUCAACUUUUAAGACAUCCCAGUGAGGCCCAUUCAGGGUCAUAAUAACUGCCUUGUUUUAUACUUGGAUUUUUAAAAAAAAAAAAAGAUCUAUAUUUUCUUAUAAAAAUUGCAGUUAUUCAUUGAUUUUUCUUGAACUCGAAUCCCAAAAUAUAUUAGCAGUGAUAGAGGUUUUAUUCUUCAGAGUAUACGUUAAAUAUAUUUUGAUUACCUAAAUGUAUUAUUUUAUGCUGCAUGAAUGUAAAUCAAUUUAAACAUUUAUUUUUGACUGUAAAAAUGUGGCGUCAUCGGAAUUUAAGAGUGUUUUUUUUUUUUAUUAGUUUUUUUUCUUUUGCUUGCUCUUCAAGUAAACAUGUUUACUUAAAUAUCAAAUCUAUUUAAAUGUAUAAUUACUUAUAUUAUAAAAAAAAAAAAAAAAUUAGUUUCAUUAUUACAAUUAGAACUAUUUUAUUAAAAUGUAUUAAUUAUUAACAUGAAUAUAUUAUGUAUUAUCAUUGUAUGCUGCACCUAAGGUUUCAGUUACAGCUGAAUUGAUUUUCAAUCCAUUCAUCAAAUCAGCAUAGUAAAAGUAGGAAGUUCAUUUAUUUCGCAGCUAUACUUUUGGAAAGUAUUUCCUACUUACAUAUUUGUUUAUCUAAUUGA